ACCUUCGUACGAAAGCAUAGGUACAUCCAUUGUAAGAAUAAGCAUUGUCUACCAAACCAAAACCACGCGUCUUGGGUUCCGUAAAAAGGUUUAAUAUUGUUUACUUGCGUACUCCAACCGUGAACAAAGAGAGGUCGGAGAACUGGGCAGAAGUUCCGAAAUAGCCACACAGAGAAGAAACUGUUCCUUGCUUCAAGUCAGGGGGCCAUACCGGGGAAAGUGAGAAGUAGCGUUGUGGGUGGGUGGGAAAUUGCAUCGCAGCAUCUCUCUCAUCUGGUGGAGGUGCAUCUAAGAGAAUGUGAGAAAAAUACGUCAUCCGGUAAAGCGGAGAUGCAGUUGAUUUGAGCGGUCGGUGGAAUCAAGUGAGCAAAACACAGAAUCCGUAAGGUGGUCUCUGGCAAGACAAACAUACCUUAGUGCGACCGUCGUUGCAGCAGCCAAGCCAAAGUCAGCUGUUUCUAAUCGUCCGGUUUCUCUCGUACAAACUGGAAGACUUGGAGUAGCAGCGGAGUAAAAACAACAUCAACCCACUUCAUACUUCAUACCGUCGACGACUUGCAAGGGCGAACGUGCGAUUCGAACCAGGAACUUCGGGAGUGUCAACCUGGAGUAAACUUCGACUCGACUCGCCUUAGACUAUGGCCAGGGAUGGCGAGGCCAACGGGUAUGGUCAACCUCUCAAAUUCGAUCCGGACUUCAAGGGUCCUCUGUCAAAACGGUCCUGUACGGACAUCCCAUGCCUGUUUCUUUUUGUUGUGUUCCUAGGAUGUUGGGGAGCCGUCGCCUAUUACGCCAUAAACCAUGGCAACCUGGAUCGGUUGCUGGUGCCAACGAAUUCGGUAGGGCUGAAGUGUGGAAUCGACAGCGAGGUGCAGCAUGAGCCCUAUCUGGUGUUCUUCGACAUCAGCAAGUGCGCCCAGUACGAUGUGCCGCUGUAUGGGUGCAAAACGCCGCAGGUUUGCGUGGCCGAGUGUCCGAAGGAAAAUUUCGGCUUCUCGAUGGCAGCCUGUAGCAGCGCAACGCUGGAAGAAAUCAAGAAGCGGUUGAUCUGUGAGCAUACCGUGCGAAAGGAUCAGAUCAGCACCUGUCAGCAGAUCGAGACCUACGUCAAUGGGGAGCGCUGUGCGAAAGCCUAUCUGAAGUCCGUCCCACUCGCGAAGCGUUGUAUUUCUGAUCUCCCGGACACGGAGUGUCCCUACUAUCCACCGAAAGUACUUGCACAUUACCAACUGCCGCCACCAGCACCACCAUCAGCCUGGGCGGAACCAUCUUACAACCUCACAUCGUCAUCAUCGGAACGUUCCGGACGACAGCUAACGGCCUACCCAGUCCGAACCCAAGCUCAAGCCUCGAAAGACUGCGCCAACCAGCGCAGACUUGGUCGACAAUUGUUGGUCGAACGGGCUAGCAAAUUGCAGUCCUACUUUGCCCGCUACGUUGACAAUGUCCUCUCGCAUCUGACGAACGAUUCCCGUAUCCAUCAGAGCGGCCAAAUGGUCGUCGAAGACAUUCUUGAAACCUGGCGCCUUGUGCUGGUGAUCUUGUUCCUGUCGCUACUGGUUAGCUUGAUCUUCAUAACGAUGCUGCGCUGGAUUGCCAAACCCAUGGUGUGGAUCUCAAUUCUCGGGGUGAUCGCUGCCCUGAGCUACGGAGUUUACUACAGCUUCAAGCAGUACGACUACAUCAGCAAACAUCCGGUCGAAAGUCACGUGAAUGUGUCGCCUAAUCUAAGUUCGCUGUUCGAGUCCUGGUUCAAAUCGGAUCAAACCUGGCUGGCGAUCUUGAUCAUUCUCUCCAUUCUUCUAGUUAUACUGUUGCUAGUAAUUCUGGUCCUCCGCAAACGGAUCGUGAUUGCCAUUGCCGUCGUCAAGGAAGGAAGCAAAGCGGUGAGUGCGAUCUUCUCGACCGUAUUCUUCCCGGUCAUCCCUUGGUGUCUGCACAUCUUGAUCAUUUCGUUUGCGGUGGUGAUCGGGCUGCACCUAGCCUCGAUUGGAGAUCCUGUGCAUCGAGUUUACGGCCUGAAUGCCUCGCAGUCCUGUGUUUGUGACAACGGCUACAAAGAUGGGGACAUCUGUGAUCCGAAAACGUUCAACGAUCAUUGCCGGAAUCCAGUCAGUCGACAGUCGGAUGGAACUCGCUGUAUCGAGGCUGCGUGUCACUUCCAAAACAUCAACAGUCCCAAAGAAGUGGGCUAUUUUCAUGCUGUCAACGUUGUCGGAUUCUUCUGGGGCAUCUGCUUUGUGUCGGCCUUCGGAGAAAUGGUCUUGGCAUUCACCUUCGCCACCUGGUACUGGACCUUCCGCAAGAAGGAUCUUCGCUUCUUCGUCCUAACAACCGGUGUUCUGCGGACCGUUCGCUAUCAUUUGGGAACCCUAGCCUUCGGUUCGCUGAUCAUUGCCAUUUGUAAGAUCAUUCGAGCGGCACUUGAAUACGUGGAUCAUAAGCUGCGCAAGUUUGACAACGGUGUCGUUAAAGCGAUCCUCUGCUGCUGCAAGUGCUUCUUCUGGUGUCUGGAGAGCUUCCUUAAGUUCCUGAACACCAACGCGUACAUCAUGUGUGCCAUCCACGGGAAGAGUUUCUGCACCAGUGCCAAGGAUGCGUUCAGUCUGCUGGCCAGAAACGUACUCCGGGUGAUCGCGCUAGACAAGGUCACGGGAUUCCUGUUUUUCCUAUCGAAGUUGCUCAUUGCCUGUGGAAUGGCCGCCGUUACCUAUACGUUCUUCGACAGUGGAGCCGUCAAGCAGCUGAACUAUCCCUUCAUUCCGGCCAUCCUGGUGUUUAUUGGGACGUUUGUGAUUGCGUCGGUGUUCUUCAGUGUGUACUCGGUGGCAGUCGAUACGCUGUUUUUAUGCUUCUUGGAGGACUGCGAGCGCAACGACGGCAGCCAGGAGCGUCCCUUCUACAUGUCCAAAAGUCUGAUGAAGGUCCUGGGCAAGAAGCAAAAAUUUACUCCACAAACUUAGAGAACGGAAACUCUCCAUGCCUUCAAACAAGAUGGCAAAGCAAUUUUCAGUCAAAUGAGUGAAGAAUCACGGAUCACAGGAUUAGUUUGUAAGCCUAUCCAAGCCAAAUGUAUUGAUCAAAUAAGUUAAAAAUUCAAACCUAAGUUAGUAAGAUGAAGAUGAAUUCAAAAAUCACAGAGGCCAAAGUCAAGACAUAUUGUGGAACAGAAUGGUGAUCAAAAGUUGUGAAGAUAACAAAAAAAAAGAAAUUAAAAAUGGAUUCACAGAUCCAAACACAAUUAAGGAAUAGUGCAAUCAAAGUUUAACAACACACGUAGAGCUUUCCGUUUCCCUUCCUCCAAUUUGAAUGGAGGAGAAGAAACAGUUUGAUAAACAAAAAGACUUACCCUUAAGUAACAAAACAAGUACUAUACACAUCUAUUAAGUAAACAAGAAAAAAAAACCAAACGUAUUCAUUCACCACCAUUAUAGCAUAGCAGCUAUCGAAAGUUCUUAACUUUUGUAAACAAGAAAGUCUCCACGUAUUUUUGUAUGAAAAUAUUCAUGUACUACGUAAAAGUUUGUAAUUUAAACUUACGUACAUAUGUAGAAAGUUAAGUGAGAGAAAAAAAUCACUGUAAGUAGGGUUGUACAGCAAUAGGAAAGAGGGAAAAUGGACAGGGUUCUAAGAGAUUGUUACUAAAUGAGGACUGUUAUCGAAGGUUUGUUAAGGAUUGUUAAAGGUUUUGUACUUGCGAACAAGAAACGGUGUAACAGAUAAGUAAGUAGCUAUCGAUGUAAAGAUUUUUGUGAGCGAAUUUGAAACGAUUGUGAUCGAUUGCGAUAAGUGAAUGCAAAAACCGUAUAUUCGUAACGUAACAACGUAUGUUUAAGUGAUAAAGUGUUGUUGCGCCCACUGCUAAAAAACUGCUCCUGCGGUGUAAUUCCAUGGUAGAACUAGGUAGCCGAACCCCAUCAACUGACAGUUGCGAAUAUCACUUGCACUACACUCUAAUUCUCCUUGACUCAAAUUUGAAGGAAAACAAUUCAAAAUGCGCCAAAACUGGGAAAACUCAAAUUUUGAUUAGAACAGCAAAACUCAGAAAUGAAUAGUAGGGGUUUUCGCGAAUUUUGAGUUGUUUUCAAUCAGGCAUUUUUAAGACGCGUUUGAACGGUCUGAGCCAAAACAACUCAAAAUUUCUAAAAUUUUGACACGGAAGGAAAUUAUUAUUUUUUUUUUGUUUUGAAUAAAUUGAAAUUUUGAAUCAAAUAAAAUAAAUAGAAAAAUGUCUGAAAAAAAGUUUAUUUUUCGUCGCUUUUUUCCACCCGGGAUGGUGUGUGGCAAUAAGUAUAUUCUGCUGUUGACGAUUAGCAUAUUGCCCUUCUGCCAACAGACGAAUUUUCCGAUGGUGUACUGGAGAGCGUCAAGUAUGUAUGGUUUGCUGCUCUGCCGAGACUUCCACCGGUCCCAGCAGCGAAAACUAACGCCGCAUCCGGUGGAAUUUAACCUUAAAAACUAGAAGGCGUGUUCAUUCUGGCCAGCAUGAAAACACCGAUUCUACGCCAUCUAUUUCACAAUCGGUGCGCUCGGCGUUGGCAUGAGAUCCUUAAAAUAUGACAUAACAUCAUCCAUCUUCAUCGCCGUAGCCUUCUGAGCGAUCCAGUUUCUUGAUCAUGAGCAAAUCGGCAUUUUGCCCGCUACCUUUACGCGAUUCACCGAUAAACUUCUACCGCUGGUGCAACUUUUUAAUGAUGUUCGAACACUUCUGGUUGGUUACUGUAAGUUAAGGAAAAACGGAGUAUUAAUGUUCUGUUUGUUUUAAGUUCUUAUUUUCAAACAAGGACUGCAUGACAAUGUACAAAUAGCCCAGUUGGUAAGCUCACCUUCAGAAGCAACCUUCAAUUUCUAAAUGACUCAAGCUAGCAUUGACCCGGGCUAUCCAUUUGUGGUUUUCCAAGGCGAUGCUGCAGGGAUGCAUUCACGCUGGUGCUUGUGGGAGGUUCUUCUGAGCUAGACUCAUUUUGACCAGUCGAAGUGGUUCACUCGAAAGAUAAAAUCUAUUAAGGGAAGAAUUCUUUGAGUUAUUCGAGGGAUAAUAAAUACUACUACUGUAUGCACUCUGGAUACCUUUCCGCCGGUUAAUGAUUCCUGCCGUACUGCAUGGCAUUCGUUUUCUGAUUUUGUUUUGUGAACUGAUGGUUGCUUUCAGAACACCUCCGCGGUUAGCCAGUAGAGGUUCCGUUUAGAGUGAAUCUGCAACGAGAGAUCAAUUUCAAUUAUUUUUUUAACGAAGAUAGUUGAAAAAAAAACUCACCGCCUGAUUCAAGGUGCCAACGGACACAGUAAGAAUUCCCAUUCUGGAUGACAGUGAAUCUCCGCCUUUGCCAACCGAGGAAGCGCUUUUCUUCGAGACAUUUCAAGGCUGUGGCGAACUUCGCCUGCUAGGAUCGGUUUGUAAUAUGUUUCUGGGGAAUCAAAACUACCUUUGCUGAAAGCAAACAAAUAACAAACUGGCUUGUAAUCCACAUAAAUAUGAGCCAACUGAGAAGAGAACGGUUUUUGUCAAUAAAAACGUUAAUUAAUUAACAGCUGUGUGUUGUUUUUGGUUUUGGUAUUUCGAUAACUUAAAAUGCCGGAUUUUCCUCAGCCUUCGUAUUGCUGAUGAACUUGAGUUCUUAACAAGAUUACAAGGUUUGAGGUAGCAUCGAACCUCAUUAGUAGUUUGAAGCUUCGAAAGACAUUUUUCAAAAAAAAAAAAACUAAACUGAGUAUACUAAACUGAUAGUAACAUCAAAUUAUGGAGGGUAAUGCUACAAAAAUCAAGCAACUGGUCUCAGUGGUUUCUUCCUAACAAAAAAAACCUUUCAAUACCAACCUUGCUCACGGAAAUCAAUGCCUUGAUAUAGUCGCAUAUUCGUCAUCAUCUCCAUCCGAAUCUUUGCUCGUUUUUUAUGCAGAGAUGGCGCGAUUCCUCAGUCAAUUCAUUGGUAUGACACUUAGCGAUAGCACGCGUCAGCCCAUGAGAAUAACCAUGAGAACAGUCAGAAAGGACGAGAAACUCAUCCUACGGUUUAGAACAAAACAAAUAAAAAAUAUUGUAUUAUAUGGUAGCAAUUUGAAAUCGUACCUUGAUAACAAUGUAAGAUGUGUUUUGGUUUUCCAUUUUCGAACACGACGCGGAUGAUCCGGAUCGAGAGCUGUAAGUUACGGUGUGUUCGUGAAUUGAUUUUUUCUUAUUUGGUUCACUUCUUUUUGCUCCAGUUUGACAUGCAUCUUGCUAUCCGAUCCCAACGAUACGGUGUGGGCAAUGAUAAAUUUUGCUGGCUUGUUCCAGGGAAAUAUUUAUCCGGCUACCAUAACGAUUCCUAUAAGAAAAGAUUGAUUAGUUAAAUUUUCAUUUAAAAUCACAUUAUUAUUAUUUGAAUUCUAAAUAUAUUGUACUUAUUUUUUCGUCAACCACUCCGAGCGUCGCAUCCAAACAAUCAUUUUGUGUUUUGAAUCUCUCUGAGUUGUUUUUAUCUAUUUUGCUCGAAAAAGUGUGAGUCUUUGCUAAGUCCCAGGAUUUGGAACUCGCUAGAUGAAAACAACUCAGAAUUUUGAAGGUUUUCUACUCAGUCGUUUUCAUCUUCAUACAUGAUGCGACUCUUGAAUCGAAACAAAUCAGUCUCUGAAUAAUUUAAAAUUACCGUGUAACACAAGUGCGCACUGUCUGUCAAUGAGGGUCGGCGGGUAGGAACGAGCUCAUCUAGCAGUUUCCGUUUUGUCAGUCUGUACCGUGAGGUCUGUGAGAAUAAAUCGAGUCCGCAAUGUAGAACAUAAUUUGCUAUUUGUUCGAAUAAAAUUAGAAGUCCCUUGCGUAAGCCGUUAGUUUUUUGAAACUGAGUGGAUCCGGAAAGAAAAGCUUAAAAUUAAAACACAACGUAGGGUCCGGUUAUCGCUCGACGGUACAAGUGUAUUAAACUUUUAAAUUUUUUUCGAAGAAAAAAAAAACAAACAGUAAACUAAAUCAGGACAAGUUAAAUGAAGAUGAGUAAACGGAAAUACCUCCAGAAAUGAAUGUUCUUAAAUAAAAGUUCGAUUCCACACACAACACGUAAAUAUUAUUCUCUCACCAACACGUGGAAAUGACACAUGAAAUGGAAAUCAAAUUUUAACGAGUGAACUUACUUAUCCACCAAUAUGAAAUAAACUCAUAUAAGCAUUCUUAA